AAAUGUUGGGCAGGUUUCAACUCUCCUCUUUGGUCCGGUGUUUCAGAGUGAGAUAUGGACCCUGUUGCCAAUCAAAGAGAAAAUUUGCUGCUCAGACCAUCAAAUAUUCUGGCUUCAGGUUCCCAGGCCAAGAAGUUCCCCAGCACUUUAAUUUUGCAAAGGAUGUGCUUGACCUAUGGUGCCAACUGGAAAAGGAUGGAAUUGGAGGGCCUUCCCCUGCCCUCUGGGAGGUUGAUGCCAAAGGAGAAAAGGACAAAUGGAGCUUUGAAAGGAUGGCUUAUCUCUCCCAGAAGGCAGCCAGCAUCCUCUCUGACACCUGUGCCCUUAGCAGUGGAGACCGGCUGAUGAUAAUCCUUCCCCCAUCACCUGAGACUUACUGGGUCUGCCUGGCCUGCAUGCGACUGGGAAUCUCCUUUGUACCUGGCAACCCCCAGCUGACUGCCAAGGAAAUUAUCUAUCAAUUAUGCAUAUCUCAGGCUCAGUGCAUUGUGGCCAAUGAGGCUAUGGCCCCAGUCGUGGACUCUGUCAUGUCCAGCUGCCCCACCUUGAAGACCAAGCUCCUUGUGUCAGAUAAGAGUUAUGAUGGGUGGCUGGAUUUUAGGGACUUGAUUCGACUUGCCCCUCCAAAGCAGACCUGCAUCGGGACCAAGAGUCAAGAUCCAAUGGCCAUAUUCAUUAACAACAGGAUAAUCGGAGCUCCCAAACUGGUCAAGUAUUCCCAGUAUGGUUUGGGAAUGGAAUUCAGCCAGGCUGCAAGACAGUGGAUGGACUUCCAGCAAACAGAUGUCUUGUGGAAUCUGGGUGAUGCCUUUGGUGGAAGUUUACCCCUGAGCAUUGUCUUGGGAGCUUGGCUCCAAGGAGCUUGUGUGUUCCUGUACCACAUGCCGACCUUUUGCCCAGAGACUGUUCUAUACGCCCUGUCCAGGUUUCCCAUCACCACUCUAUCUGGAAGUCCAGCAAUGUACCAGGAACUGCUUCAAUAUAAGUACCUCUCCAGCCACAGAUUCAAGAGCCUGAAGCAUUGUGUGGCUACAGGAGGACCCAUCAGCCCUGGGGUGAUGGAAGACUGGAAACGCAUCACUAAGCUGGACAUCUAUGAAGGUUAUGGGCAGACAGAAACUGGUCUACUUUGUGCUACUUCCAAAAGAAUGAAAUUGAAGCCAGGUUCUCUGGGGAAACCAUUGCCACCUUACAUUGUCCAGAUUGUGGAUGAAAACUCAAAUACACUGCCUGUCGGAGAAGAAGGAAAUAUUGCAACCCGUAUAACACGAAACCAGCCUGCCUCUGUGUACUGUCCACACAUGGUGAGCUGGGAGGAAUAUGCUUCAGCAAGUAGCCACAUGUUUUACCUCACAGGGGACCGAGGGAUCAUGGAUGAAGAUGGCUACUUUUGGCUGACUAGUAGAGCUGAUGGUGUUGCUGAUGCACUGGGUCAGAGGUGGUGAAUGCCAUGGUUACUGCUACUGAGCCAGGGGGGUGCAAGAGUUUGAAGAAGAGUCUGGACUGCCUCAGAUACAUUGGCAUUAUAGAAAAUUUUUAAAAUACAAAAAGAAGAAUAAAAAAUAAAACUUAUGCACAGUCUCA